GUCGGUGCAGGGAGCCAGCACUCCCCUAUACACGCCUGUGGGGCUGGAGAUAGGUAUGGCAUUAGUAGGGCAUUGGUAGCCGUGUACGGAGGGGAUGCUUCGUGCUAGGAAAGGUCCAGGUGAGAGGAGCUCCGGAGAUGACCAAUGCUAGGCUGCAUUGGAUGGGGAUGGCCGAUCACCCGUGUGUUAAUGGAAGCACUAACUGCUCGUCCGGCUCGUUCUCGUCUCUGGAGGCGGUGGCGGACUCCAUCCCCCGGUAUGUCGGGCUCUUCUUCAUGCUUCUGCUGGACCUGGGCGCCGUGCUGGGGAACGUGGCGGUGGCCGCCGUCAUCCUGAAGACGCCCCAGCUCCGGAAAUUCCUCUUCGUCGUCCACCUGUGUAUUAUAGACACCUUGGCUGCCAUGACGGUGAUGCCGCUGGGGAUGGUGGCCAGCUCCGGGAAGGUGGCAUUCGGGGAGAGCCUGUGCCAAGCCUACAUCUCCUUGGAGGUUUGCUUCAGCAGCGCGUCCAUCCUCACUGUGUCUGCCAUCCAUAUCGAACGGUAUUAUUACAUCGUACACCCAAUGAGAUAUGAAGUCAAGAUGACCUUGGGUCUGGCCAUCUCGGUCCUCAUCUUCAUCUGGCUGCAGGCGUCCUUGACGUCCACCGUGCCCUUCCUGCCAUCGGCCGGCAGCGGCUCCAACAAUGCCAGCCUGGUCAACGCCACCCGGUGCUCCCUGCAGAGGAAUGCAGGGGGGCACAGGAAAGUCUUCGUCACCUUCUUCGUCUUGGUGUAUUUUGUGUUACCUCUGGUCAUCAUAGUGACAGUCUACUGCAACGUCUUCAAGGUGGCCAGGAUAGCUGCCAUGCAACAUGGACCUCUACCUUCCUGGGCAGCAAGCCCUCGCCAGAGGUCCAACUCCACUGGCAGUAGAACCAACAUCAUGCCAGGGGACAGGUCCCAAAGAGGUUCCCCAGACAGGACGUUGGGGGGAGCGAAAGCGGCCUUCACCCUCAUGAUCAUAGGUGGCCAGUUUGUCAUGUGCUGGUUUCCUUACUUCGUCUACCAUGUCCAAAACGCCCUAGAGAACAACUACAAAGCCUCUGGAACCAAAUGGGAGAACAUUGUCAAGUGGCUUGCUUACACCUCCUUUACAGUCAACCCUUUCUUUUAUGGUUGCCUGAACAGGCAGAUCCGAACCGAACUUGCCAGGAUCCCCAAAUGUUUCCUAAAACAGUCUUUGGAUGAGCAGCUAGGCCUCUCCAGCCAUGAAGGCUCUGUAGAGGAGAACUUUCUUCAGUUCCUUCAAAGAACCAGCUGUGUGGUGGACAGAAGAAACAGCUUCCCAACAUCCACCGCCUCUAGGCUGCUGGUCAAUCAAAGUACUUUGAGCUUUAGGAUCCCAGGGCAAAUUUUGGAAGAAACCCCAGAGUUGAUGGAACAGGAUUCGUCUGAAGCUUUCAGAAGUCUACAGAUGUGUACGAGGCAAGCAAACACCCUGGGGGUGACAAAGUGAACCCAACUUUUUUUGGUGACUUUUUUUAAGGGUUGAUUGAUCAGUUGACUAAAUGUGUCCCAUGUGAAAACAAAUAGGCAUAAUGAGUAGUGGGUGAAGUGCGUCAUCUACAGUACUAGGCAAGGAAACAGCCUUGGGGUGACAAAGUGAACCCAACUUUUUUGGUGACAUUUUGAGGGUUGGUUGACCAAAUGUGUUCCAUG